AAAAAACAGAAAAAGUAAAAGAAGCCCGCAGAAGAAGCGGUGGCGCAGCUAGCAUGCUAGCUAGCUAGCUAGCGGUAGCUCAGCCCGUAACCGCCGCUCCAUGACGGACUGCUGCCACCCACAACAACGCGACACCUCGGCAUCCGUCUGCUCUUCGCCCCGGUUGUCUCAUGACAUCCGGACCCGCCACCACGUCGCACCAUGUUCGAGGAUCCUGAACUCCAAGAUCCGCUGUCGCUUAAUAAAAACUAUGACGACCGGAAGCCGCGUCAUCGUGAUUCAAAAACAGAUGUCUGCACAUGUGAGACACCAGCGAUUCGAGUGGUCAUCAAAGAGGAAGAGGAAGGUUGGACUGUGAGUGAAAACCAUGAGAACGCUGUCCCAGAGGCAGAAGAGGAGGAUUCUUCCGGAAAAUGUCCACGCAUUUCGUACGGAGCGGAGCGACGGCAGAGGCUGCUUUCGGGGGAGGAACGUCCGGACGAGUUUGGAGGCCGGCGGACGCACACGGACGCGGAGGACAAACCCGAGGUGUCCCGUUGUCCCGAUGUGACGUUGCGUCAGUGCAGUGGCACGGGAGAGAAACCCUUCACCUGCGCUGCCCGUCAGACGGCCCUCAGCACCCAGAGGAACGUGAGACACAAUGAGCGUCCCCCCGAGGACCGGAGCCCUGAUGGAAAACAAAGCACGUCGGCGACAACGGACGCAGAAGGGACCAAAAGAUCAGAACCGCGCCAAACUGUCUCUCAUGAUUCCUCUGAACGUACGAAUCUGGUGUCGCACGGACUCAAGAGCGCGUCUGCACACUUAGGGGAUCAAACGCUCCAUUUGACCGUCAGACUGCAGGCUGGGGAGGAAGAAGAGGAGGAGGAGGAGGAAGAGGAGGAAGAAAUUGGUGGUUUAAUCAACUCUGAUGGAGAGGUGGUGGAAUGGGACGCCAGAGGAAGUCCUGACCGAGGCUCUGAUUGCAGGGAAAGUCCUCGACCCAACAAGGGUGUCCUCCUGGCCGAGGCUCCGCUGCGAGGCCAAAACCAGAGAGACGGCAGUAGUCCAACGCUCGUCAUGGAGGUUGUGUCCGCGGGGGAGGACGCAGAAGGGGAGGAGAGGGAGAGAGUAGUAGAGAUGGCCGCGGCCUCGCCCUUAUGUGGCGGUAAACGGGGGAGACGCAGAGAAGCGAAGAAGGUUCGAAUUGGCACCGACGCGGAGGGAGAAGCUCCUCCCGUGAAAAGAAGGGGCAGGAGAAGGAUUUCAAAAGCUCCAGUGGUGUCUGCUGAAGACCACGAGGCAGACCAAGGAAUAUCAAGGCGCACCCGAAGAAAGAUACAUUUCCCCACAAUCUUUGAAUCAGAAGAUUUCCCAUCCAAAAGUGUCUGCUGGGUCGCUGCAAAGCAACCUUAUAGAAGAAGGAAAGAUACCAAAGCAGCUCCUGGAGGAGGAGGAAACAACGCUGGCGGAAAGAAGCGCCCUGGCAGAAAGAUGGUUCAUGUUCCCGUAGAAAUCCCUCCGGAGCUCCUGAAGCAGCCCAAAGAGAAGAUGGAGUACCACUGCUCCGUGUGUGGGAAAGAGUUCCCUCACGCCUACAAGCUGGAGAGGCACGGGCUGAUCCACACAGGGGAGAAACCUUACCGCUGCUCCAUCUGCGGCCGGGGUUUCAACCAGAAGGGAAAUCUUAAAACGCACUACAAAGUCCACUUAGGUCGAAAGGACGCUGUGGAUUUUGACGAGGAAGUGAGUCCCAUAGCGUCAGAACUCUCCGAAUACUUGAAGUCUCUGCCGGGGGAGUCCAGGAUCAGAUCCUCCCUCCGAUGCCCGGAAUGUGGACAGGAAUGUGAGAACCAUUCAGCUUUGCAAGCGCACCACAAUUCCACGCACUCAGAAGCAGCCGGGGACGCCGUCGAACGCGGCGCGUCGCAGCUUCUCUUCUGCCGCCGCUGUGGCAUUCAGUUCGGCGAAAAGGCAAAGCUGGAAGAACACAUGAAAACGCACGUCAAGGCGAAGCCCUACUCGUGUCCCGACUGCGGCAAGAAGUUCAUCAACGAGAGCUACAUACAAAUCCACCAGCGUAUACAUACCGGGGAGAAACCGUUCCUCUGCUCGCAGUGCGGCCGUGGUUUCCACACGGCUUCCUCGCUCAAGCUGCACGAGAUGCAGCACUCCGGGGAGAGGCCGUACGCAUGCUCGAUCUGCGGGAAGACGUUUCGGAUAAACUCGUACCUGACGGCACAUUACCAGACGCACAUCAAAGACCGACCUUUCACCUGCAGCGUCUGCGGGAAGGGCUACUCCAGAGCCGAGGAGCUGAAGGUGCACCAUAGGCUACACACCGGAGAGAGACCCUACGAGUGUGGGGAGUGCGGGAAGAGCUUCAUUUACCGGCAGGGUCUGCGGCAGCAUCAGCGAACGCACGCCGGUAAGCGCAUCGGACCAACCAGACAGCUCGGUAGACCCAAGCAGCACGCCACGCUGGACAUCGAACAGUUGAUCCAGGAGAUGGGUUCUGAGAACCCAGAGGACCUCAGACCAGCUGGGAUCCUCGCAGAGGAGGAGCCGCAAGAAAUCGGAGGCCUGAUCAACUCUGACGGAGAAGAAGUGGAUUUCUCAGAUUUCAGAGACGGCGCCAUCCCAAGCAUUGAUCCUGCAGAGACUCCCGCCAAGACCUCCGAUCAGAGCGAGAAUGAAAAGCCACCGUUCCUUCACAGCUGCUCGGUGUGUGGGAAAGACUUCCCUUACGCCUCCAAACUCCAGCGCCACUUACGCACUCACUCGGGAGAGAGGCCCUUCCCCUGCUCCAUGUGCGAGAAGAGGUUCCCGGAGAAGGGGCUGCUCAUGAUCCACGAAAGGGUCCACACGGGGGAGAAGCCGUUCCCGUGCACUUUCUGCGAGAAGCGAUUCGCCAGCCAGGGCGAGCUCCGGCUGCACCGGCGUACGCACACCGGCGAGCGGCCGUACCACUGCUCCAUCUGCCUGAAGAGCUUCUCCCGACACUGGCACCUGAAGACGCACCUGGAGGCGAUGCACUCCGAGGUGGUCGCCGGCUUCACGAGGAAGAAGUUCCCGUGUUCGGACUGCGAGAAGAGCUGCAACUCGGCGGCCGAGCUGAGGGAUCAUCAGCGGACUCACACGGGAGAGAGGCCCUACCAGUGCUCCUUCUGCGACAAAAGGUUCGCCCUGUCCGGCACGCUCGUGAGACACGAGCGCCUGCACACCGGCAUCACGCCGUACCACUGCUCCGACUGCGGCAAGACGUUCGCUCAGCAGUGGACGCUGACGACGCACAUGCGGACUCACACGGGAGAAAAACCCUACAGCUGCACGCAGUGCGACAAGUCGUUCGUGGCUCCGGGCGAGCUGCGGAGGCACACCAGGAUCCACACGGGGGAGAAGCCGUACACCUGCGGCGACUGCGGGAGGCACUUCUCGCUGGCGGGAACGCUCAGGAACCACAGGCGGUCGUGUACGCAGACCAAGAACGGAUCGGUUCCGGACGCCGUCUCGGACCCGGUUCAGGCUGCGGCCGGUGAACCGUCGCAGCCGGACCCGGCCAGCGGCGUCGGCGCUGAGGUGAAUGCCAGUAAGCGUUUGCGUGGGGCAGUUGAGCCCAAUUCCUCAGAGGGUCUCGACUGUGACAGAGCAGCUCGGUGUGAAAACAACGCGCAGGAACCGGAAGGCCGACCGCAGGACGUCGUUUCGGGUCCACAUACGAAUGUAACGGUGAAAGAGGAGGAAGAAGAGGAAGCGCUGUGCGAAGAAGAAGCUCCCGACCAGGUGUCCGGCGGUGAGGAUUGCACCGUGCUGGAGGAAUCUGAAGGGGAGCGUCAGGAAAGCAACACAGAAAUAAGGAUUUCAGUAAAGCAGGAAGAAGAUGAACUUAUUAACAUGUCUGCGGAGGAUCCGGAUCAUGUCUCUGGGAGUGAUAAAGACAGUCCACCAGACUCGCCUGCUCAGGAACAGUGUGCCGACCAUCUGACCAAGAGCUCCUACUGCUGCGGGCUCUGUGGAAGAGACUGUCACAAGAUGUCCGCCCUUCAGAUACACAUGCGGAUUCACUCGGGAGAGAAACCCUACCAGUGCUCUCUGUGCGGCAAGCAGUUCACCCAGAAGGGACAACUCAAAGGCCACCAGAAGGUCCACACGGGAGAGAAACCCUUCGCCUGCCCCGACUGCGGGAAGAGCUUCGCCCACUCGGGGGCCAUGAACAGACACCGGCUCACGCACACCGGAGAGAGGCCCUACCACUGCUCGGUGUGCGAGAGGAGCUUCAACCAGUCGGGCCGCCUGAGGGAGCACGAGAAGAUCCACUUCGGGGAGAAGUUCGACUGUCCCGAGUGCGAGAAGAGUUUCACGCGGGCCUCCAGCCUCAAGAACCAUUUCCGGCUUCACACGGGCGAGAGGCCGUACGGCUGCGAGGUCUGCGGGCGAGGCUUCAGCCGCUCACAGAGCCUCAGGCUCCACAAACGUAAACAUGAGCAGACUCACCCCGAGGAGGAGGGGGAGGAGUCGGCUUUCGACGCGCGGAGCGACGACUUGUCGCAAAGCGGCGAUAACUCUCCAAUUAAUAUGUGUAUAGGAGACAAAAGCGACUGAUGUAUAUGUGUGAAGCGUAGCGAGCAGUGGUCGUAUAUCUUUACCAGAGUUUUAGGGAGUAGAACGUGGAGUGAAGGGAAUAAGGGAGGUAUUGCAGCUAAAAUAUUUAACUUCCUGAAAUGACUAAACAAAAUGUGUCAAAUGAUGUUCAGCUACUCGGCACAGAAUCACAGAAAGUGACAAAUAUAAAAACUUCCCAAAUCUUACAAACUAAGAUCUUUAAACUCUCCAGCUAAUACAUUUAUUAACUCCCUUUUGUCACAGAAAAACGGUUAAAUAAAAAAUCCCGCUCACAUUUCAAGUAUUUAUUGUGGUACUAUGGUCUGUAAUUUCACACAAUUUUCACUUGUAGUAUUUUCCUUCAAGCUACUUGUGUAUGUGGUAAUUGAAUUAAAGAGUAAAUAUAUUAUUGUUUCAAACGUUCUGAUGGCCAGUGAGCAGUUGAAGAAUCAGGUGCACCUGGAACUCAUUUGUUGUGUAUAAGCUACUGAAAUGUCAGAAAUAAUGAAGCAGCAGGAAUAUGAUAUUUAUUCAAGUUCUUUUUUUCUUCUCUUUUUUUUUUUUAAGACCGUUUUGCCUUAGUGGUAAUAAAUCUUUAUCUGUGUGUGUGUGUGUUAUUCAUAACCAAGUCAUGAAUGAGGUUGGCCUUUGUUCGCCUUUAAACUGUUAAAGGCCAACAACUAUUGUGAAAAAAAAUAAUUAUUCUAACGGGCUGUGAUAGUAACGUGCUGCCUUUGUCUAAUUGUAUUGGACAUAUUAUACUGUAAAAUAAAAGUGAGAAACUUAA